AUGCUUGGGUUUAUACAAAAAGUGCCUGGCAUGACGAUGAGCAGCGACAGGGCGUUUGAGUCGCAUCUUGAGUUUCCUAAAGACGCAUUUGUGUCUAUGGCACUUUGCAUACUCAUUGUAUGCAUCAAGAACCUUGUUGUUAUGCCUGCGGCAGAUAUUUUUCUCGAUAUGUUUGAUCAGCAUAGCAGGCUCAGCUGUGGAGAAAAAAGAAAGUUCAGGGUCUCGUUCUGGAAGGCUGUGUUCUACACAUUCACCACAUUCUAUGGAUAUGCUGUCAUCCAGAACGAGUCGUGGGUUCCAAGUGCCAAAGGCAUGAUGGACCCAGUAGGCGCCGGUAAUCUUCCAUUCAGAGUAAUGCUGUAUUACCACAUUGAGUUUGCAUAUUACUUUGUCGAGCUGUUCUAUCUGUUCAACGAGCACAUGUACAAAGACUUCUUGCAGAUGGUUGCACAUCACUUGGUGACCCUGCUGCUUCUUGGAAUGUCUUACUGCACGGACAUGGUCAGGUGCGGAAUAGCAAUAAUGGCAGUGCAUGACAUAUCUGAUCCGUUUCUGGAGGUUGGAAAGCUGUUGAGCUACACGCAAAGCAGCACUCUCGCCACCAUUGUGUUUAUAUGCUUCACAGUGAUAUUCAUCGCUUCGAGGCUUGGCGUUUAUGCAUGCUUGGUGGCUGCACCAAUAGGAAUAUAUGUGUGGAACCACGAAUUCAGGUUUACCCUGCGAGUUAUGGCUGUGAUGGUUCAAGCAUUGGUUCUGAUGCAUAUUGUGUGGUCAUGUAUGAUAUUGAAGAUGGCGAUGCGCAUUUCUCGCUCCACAGGCAUCAAGGACUGCCGAGAUACCUCAACAGCUAGUAUGCAAAGCGCCAAGUGCAAGUAA